CGACCUACUCCAAAACUUCUACAUUUUACUUGCUUCCUUCUCUCGAGCAAUCACUCUCCACUUUCCGGAAUAUUUGCGACGGCCUAACGACAUUGCCAGCACCGUCUCUGCGCAAUUGUUACGUCCAAGUUCCCAAUCUAUUAUUUCCCAAAAAAAAAAAAAAAAGAACCGCGUCUUCACGCGCAGUCAGGUGCGACUCGCACUGCCGAGUUGACGCCAUGAUCCCAUCGCUACCCGUCCUCAGCGACUACGACGUUUCGCCUAGUUAUGGCUUUCUUCCCGACGAAAUACCGCUUGAUUUUCUGCCCGAUACCUACUACGCGCCAUGGGAGACUGUCAUGAGAAAUCUCCAGGCCCUGCUUCUUUCUAAGAGACUGCGUGGGGUAGUCGACAUUCUCCCGGUCCUUUCAACGGACUUCCUAGUUACCGAGGCAGAGUGGCGAAGAGCAUAUGUCAUAUUGGGGUUCUUGACACAUUCCUACAUAUGGGGAGGAGAUACACCAGCUGACAGGAUACCGCCGCCGAUAUCCGUUCCUUUCCUUGAAACGUGUCGACAUCUCGAACUACCCCCGGUAGCCACAUAUGCGGGGCUAGCUUUGUGGAACUGGAAGCCUAUCUUUCCUACCGAACCUGUGGAUGUCCUGGAGAACCUGGCAACAAUCUCAACCUUUACUGGAUCGCUAGAUGAGUCAUGGUUCUAUCUAGUCUCGGUGGCUAUCGAGGCGCGGGCUGGCCCGAUCAUACCCGUAAUGAUGGACGCUAUCGCAGCUGCGAGGCGAAAUGAUAGCACGACUGUAGUUGACUGCUUGAGAGUGUUCGCGGAGAGGAUUGAUGAGUUAGCAACCCUGUUGACGAGGAUGUAUGACAACUGCGAUCCACACGUCUUCUACAACCGCAUUCGACCGUUCCUCGCCGGAUACAAGAACAUGGCAGACGCGGGCCUCCCUAAUGGUAUCAUUUUUGACGUCGGGUCCGGAGACGAAAAUUACGUUCAAUACAGUGGAGGAAGCAAUGCUCAAAGCUCCGUCAUCCAGUUCUUCGACAUCGUCCUUGGUAUUGAGCAUCGUCCGACGGGAGAGAAGCGUACCAGCGGUUCCGAUUCCGAAGGUGCUAUGCCAACUCCUUCGCACCACUUCAUCAACGAGAUGCGGAGGUACAUGCCUGGCCCCCAUCGGAGAUUCCUCGAGCACGUAGCCAGCGUCGCAAAUAUUCGAGAGUAUGUCGAAAAUCACCGGUCUAAUCGGGCGCUAUGUGUCGCCUUCGACGCCUGCCUAGCCAUGCUGCGAGCUCUGCGUGACAAACAUAUUCAGAUGGUGUCGCGCUACAUCAUCGUCAAGUCUCGCGAGUCGAGGUCCCAUUCCCGGUCCAUCAGUCCCACGCACGUUGCGCCGAAGAGGACAAACCUCGCUACGAUGUCGCAUGGAGGCGCCGGCGGCGCAAGGCUACGAGGAACGGGCGGCACUGCGCUCAUUCCAUUUUUAAAGCAAGCACGAGACGAAACUGGCGAGCCUGCUAUCGAUGCGUGGGCGAGACGGCUCCUCAACAAUGGACCGGCUGAUGCGAUGGGUGGUGUUGCACGACUCACGAAGAUGAGCGAGCAUGCUAGCGGGGAGGUUGAGAUGGUGGGACUAGCUGGCACUUGGUCCGUCGACGAUAGCGAAGGUGGGAUUUGCCAUUGGUAGACUCCGCUCUUUGAUUCUUGUUCAUAUUCUACUACUUUGUUCAUAUGGGCUACGCUCAUCCUCAACGCUGAAACGGCGUUCAUUUAGUUAUGGAGGAUAUUCUUGCAUUCAAGCACUGUGUUGCCAUGGAAGGCGUCUCAAAUCUUGUCUU